AUGGGCUCUGCACGAUCAAUUCCAAUGCGCGGGCCGGCGAGUCCUCGAGCUCCUCCUUCUACAUCAUCGACAGCAUCAUCACCUUCGCAGGCGAAGAACUCAACACCACCGCAGCAACAGCAGCAGCAAAAACAAUUACACAUCUCUAGUCAGGGUAUCAACGCUUUGAAUCAAUUAGAGACCGACAUCCAAUCCGUCAUACAAUCGCUCCCAAGAACGAGCACAAACGAGACCGGCGACGCAGAAGAAGACGGGGAUGAUGAAGAUGAUGUACUCCUAAUACUCGACCAACCAGACCUCAUCCUCGCCACGACACCAGGCAUCGAUGCAAACGAUUUAUCGGAUUGGAUUAUGGGCUUACAACAGAAUGUCCAUUCAACGAUAAUAACCACAUCCGCCGACUCCCCGCUCAUCCACAACGCGAAUCCGUAUACUCUUACAGAAGGUUCCACUCCGCUGGAGAGGAAUCAUGCCUCUUUUGUGGUUGGAUUGGCGCAUCGAGCGGAUAUGGUACUACAGUUACGGACGCUGGAUACCGGGGCUGCGAAGGAUGUGAGUGGUGUUUUGAGGAUGAGUCGUGGUGCAGGAUACGAGCCCGAAUCGGAAGGGGGCAAAGAGGAGGGAGAGAUUGUGGAGAAAGAGGUGUUGUAUUUUGUGCAGAGGGAUGGGGGUGUCAGGGUUUUCGGGAGGGGGGAGGUAUAA